AUGAGCAGUUUCAGAAAUGAGGACGGAAAAUUAUAUUAUGUUCACUACGAUGGUAUGGAUCGACGGUUGGAUGAAUGGGUGGAACGGAGUCGAUUUGUGGGACGAGCAUAUCCUAGUGCUUCUACUUCGGUUUUGACGGUACCGGCAUCACUGGCAACAACACUGGAAAGUGGUACAUUAACGCGAAGUCAGCGACGCAUUCACGAAGAAUUCAAUCAUAUGCAGAAAAGUUACGACGAUAUGGAUGCAACAACAGCCAAACUCGAAAGAGAAUAUGCCGAGAUGACCAAGGUGAAAAAUAUUGAUAAAAUACGGUACGGGGAUUAUGAGAUCGAUACAUGGUAUGUGUCACCUUAUCCGGACGAAUACAGCAAAGCAGCAUUACUUUAUAUCUGCGAAUAUUGCUUGGCUUAUAUGCGAACUGAAGCUGAAUAUUGCUGUCAUAUGUUGCAUUACUGUGACCGACGACAGCCACCAGGUGAUGAAAUUUAUCGAGAUGGGAGUUUAUCCAUCUAUGAGGUCGAUGGAAAAGUCAAUAAGGUUGAUGAAGUGGGUGCACAUGUUGUUGGCCACUUCUCGAAAGAACGUUUUUCUGCAAAUAAUUUAGCAUGCAUUAUGGUUUUGCCACCAUUUCAACGCAAAGGAUAUGGAAAAUUACUCAUUCAACUGAGUUAUGAAUUGUCCAAUCGAGAAGGCAUAAUUGGUACUCCAGAAAAACCAUUGUCCGAUUUGGGUAAAGUUAGCUAUCGCAGCUAUUGGUGGUGGAUAUUGUUAGAAGCGCUUGACAGAUUGAACAUUGAUGACGUAACGGUGUCGGAUUUAAGCAUUGCUUCUGGAUUGGCGGAAGACGAUAUAAUCUCGACAUUACAAACGAUGCAGUUAAUUAAGUACUGGAAAGGCGACCACGUCGUACGAAUGACAAAGCGCCUAGUUGAGCAUUGCAAGUCGAUUAACAUGGGACCGCCACCGAAACUGCGUCUUGAUCCGAAUCUGUUGCGAUGGUGGCCAAAGAAACGACGGCAAAUGAGUCUUCGUGAUAGUUACUUGCUGUAG